AUGGCGGACGAAAACAGAGUGUAUACAUCGCUCCCUGACAAAAAUUCCAAGUUGUGUAGCGAUGCUCAAGUGGAAAAAACAGGAGAUGAUACGGCGAAUUAUGAGUUGAAAGGCCUGCCAUUGGCUCUAAUUAUCAUUGGACUCGGGCUCGCCAUAUUCCUCAUGUCAUUGGAUUCCUCUAUCAUUUCCACGGCCAUCCCAGUCAUCACAUCGCAAUUCAACAGUACUGGUGAUAUUGCCUGGUAUGGAAGCGCAUAUUCAUUCGCCAUGUGUGCUUUGCAGCCGAUUGCUGGCAAGUUGUUUGGAAGUUUUCCUAUGAAAGGGGUAUUUCUCGCAUGUCUAGCUGUUUUUGAGCUGGGUUCUUUGCUAUGUGCUCUUGCUAUCAAUAGUCCAAUGCUAAUUAUUGGUCGGGCUAUAGCCGGAGCUGGCGCUGCAGGAUGCUUCACAGGAGCCUUUUGUAUAGUUGCGGUCUCUUUACCCCUCGAAAAACGACCGGUCUAUGUUGGAAUCCUCCAGUCAACUUUUGGUGUUGCGACAAUUAUUGGCCCAUUGCUUGGUGGUGCUUUCACACAACAUGCAACAUGGAGGUGGUGUUUCUGGAUCAACUUACCUUUGGGUGCUGUCACCAUCAUCACGCUAGUCUUCUUCUUCAAGCCACCUGCACGCGAUACUAUAAAAUCCCCUUCAGCCGUGGGAAGAUUGAAAGGCCUCGAUAUCCCAGGUGCCUUUAUGUUUGCGCCUUCCAUUAUCAUGAUACUCUUGGCUCUCCAAUGGGGAGGCACUACAUACGCGUGGAAAAGUGCUCUUGUCAUUGGGCUCUUUCUUGGAAGUGCAGGGCUUGGUGUUGUCUUCGCUUUGUGGCAAAUCUACCUAGGAGAGAAGGCCAUGAUUCCACCCCGUUUGAUUACAGAUCGAACAAUAUUUUUCGCUUGUUUCACGGAGUUCUUCGCCAUGGGAGCCGUCUAUAUAUCGAUUUACUAUCUCCCAGAAUGGUUUCAGGUCAUUAAGGGCGCCUCGCCUACCAAAUCAGGAGUUAUGUACCUUCCACUGGCAAUAUCAGAUGUUCUCUCUGCCACCCUCACGGGUGCCUCGCUCAAAUAUCUCGGAUACCCAAAUCCUUACGUUCUCCUCGGAACAGCCCUAAUGAGCAUAGCAACUGGUCUUUUCUCUACUUUCUCUACUACUACCAACCAUCAGCUCUGGAUUCCAUUCCAGGUUAUUCAAGGACUUGGCGUGGGCAUGACUCUCUCAAUGCCUUAUGUCGCAACGCAGACAAACCUCAAGCCCGCUGAUAUUCCUGUUGGCACCUCUCUACUUCAGUGCUUCCAGUUUCUAGGCGCUGCCGUAAACCUGGCUAUUGCGGAGUCAAUUUUCCAAAACAAAAUUGUCGCUCGAUUGAGUGAUUUGGGCUUUGAUGGUAAAGAAGUAGAAGCUAUUCUCAGUGCAGGCUCUGCAGAUGUGAGGAAGGCAGUUUCACCAGAACGGCUCUCAGAUGCAUUGGAAGCGUAUAACUAUGCUCUGACGAAAACUUUCUACGUCGCUACAAGUGUUGGCGCUGUUGCAUUCCUCCUUUCUCUUGGAAUGGGGUGGAAGAGCAUCAAGCCACCCAAACCACAACUUGAAUCAUUUUCAGCAGAUUUGGAGGCUAAAUAA